GGGGGGGUGGAGGGCCAGCCGGAGCUGUGGCCCAGACUUUCCCAGGCAGACAGAUCUGGCUGUGUCCCAGCCCAGAACUUCUUCUGAGGACAGGAGCUUUCUUGGGCCCCUGCCAACCCCAGGCCUCAGGAGAACAAGGGGGCUGUGUGGUCACGGUGUCUCUCUGGAGCAGACUCUGCGGUCGUGGGUGCCUGCAGUGUGUGAGGGAGACCCCAGUUAUCUCAUCAGCUGCUUCAGCCAACCUCCCCCCCCACCCCAGCUUUGGUGGCUACCCCUGCAGGCAAGGCGUGGGGCUCCCAUCUGCUGAGAAAGCGCCCGCAGAGCCAUGAGGAGGCGCCAUGUGUUCCUGGCCCUGCUGGCCGUGGUCCUAGUGCUCUUCCUCAUCAUUGGCCUAUGCCUUUGGCUGCCCUCAGCUUCCAAGCCACACAACCAUGUCUACGCCAGGGCGGCCGUGGCUGCAGACGCCAAGCAUUGCUCGGAGAUCGGGAGGGACGUGCUGAGGGAAGGCGGCUCGGCGGUGGAUGCUGCCAUCGCAGCCCUGCUGUGUGUGGGGCUCAUGAACGUCCACAGCAUGGGCAUUGGGGGCGGCCUGUUCCUCACCAUCUACAACAGCACCACACGAAAAGUUGAGAUCAUCAAUGCCCGCGAGGUGGCCCCGGGGCUGGCCUCUAAUGACAUGUUUAACACCUCGGAGCAGUCACAGGAAGGGGGCCUGUCGGUGGCGGUUCCCGGUGAGAUCCGCGGCUAUGAGCUGGCCCACCAGCGGCACGGGCGGCUGCCCUGGGCUCGCCUCUUCCAGCCCAGCAUCCAGCUGGCCCGCCAGGGCUUCGCUGUGGGGAAGGGCUUGGCAGCAGCCCUGGAGAAAAGCCAGGCCGUCAUCGAGCGGCAGCCUGCGCUGUGCGAGGUGUUCUGCCGGGAUGGGAAGGUGCUGCGGGAGGGGGACAGAGUGAUCAUGCCGCGGUUGGCCGACACGUACGAGACGCUGGCCUUGGAGGGAGCCCAGGCCUUCUACAACGGAAGCCUCACAGCCCAGAUUAUCAAGGACAUCCGGGCUGCUGGGGGCAUUAUGACCGCCAAGGACCUGAACAACUACCGUGCUGAGCUAAUAGAGAACCCACUGAACGUCAGCCUUGGGGACGCCCAUCUCUACGUGCCCAGCGCCCCACUCAGUGGGCCGGUGCUUGCUCUUAUCCUCAACAUCCUCAAGGGGUACAACUUCUCCCGGGCGAGUGUGGAGACACCGGAGCAGAAGGGUCUGACCUACCACCGCAUUGUGGAGGCCUUCCGGUUCGCCUAUGCCAAGAGGACCCUGCUUGGGGACCCCAAGUUUGUCAAUGUGAUGGCGGUGGUCCGCAACAUGAGCUCCGAGUUCUUUGCCGCUCAGCUCCGGGCCCGGAUCUCUGACAACACCACUCACCCGACCUCCUACUAUGAGCCUGAGUUCUACACGCCUGAUGAUGGUGGCACUGCUCACCUGUCCGUGGUUGCAGAGGACGGCAGCGCUGUGUCGGCCACCAGCACCAUCAACCUCUACUUUGGUUCCAAGGUACGAUCACGGGUCAGCGGGAUCCUAUUCAAUGAUGAGAUGGAUGACUUCAGCUCCCCCAACAUCACCAACCAGUUUGGGGUGCCCCCCUCACCAGCCAACUUCAUCGAACCAGGGAAGCAGCCGCUCUCAUCCAUGUGUCCGGCGAUCAUCGUGGGCCAGGAUGGCCAGGUCCGCAUGGUGGUGGGUGCCUCUGGGGGCACACAUAUCACCACGGCCACCGCGCUGGCCAUCAUCCAUAACCUGUGGUUUGGCUAUGAUGUGAAACGGGCAGUAGAGGAACCCCGGCUGCACAACCAGCUUCUGCCCAACACCACGACGCUGGAGAGAGGCAUUGACCAGGCGGUGACUGCAGCUCUGAAGACCCGGCACCACGACACUGAGGUCACGUCCACCUUCAUCGCUGUGGUGCAGGCCAUUGUCCACACGGCCGGUGGCUGGGCAGCUGCCUCAGACUCCAGGAAAGGCGGGGAGCCUGCUGGCUACUGAGUGCUCAGGGCGGGCAAGGCUUACUGGCAACCUAGGGAUGAGAUGCCUGCUGGGGCCAGAGUGGGACCUUGAGGGAUUUGCUUCCCCUGUGAGUGACAAAGCAGUGCAAUAAAUGGGGGUCGCAGCGUGAGGCUCUGGGCAGCCUUGCCGGCCCGGCUCCCAUAUCCCUGGGCC